AUGGAUAUUCUAGGACGUGCCGAGUUUGUUGCAUUUUCUCAGAAUGGAGAAUGGGAUCUGACUAAACUUCAAGCCUCAUUAAAUGCAUACGAGCUAGCGUUGAGUUUCAACUUUCUGGUUAACACAUCUACCGUUAUCAGCUUGUUUCUGCGUCAACAUCUACUUCAGUGCAUUCCUUUUUUGGGAAACUAUGAGUUAACCCUUAAGGGAUUUGAAAAUUGUAGAUGGAUGGAUCCUCCACUGGAAGCAACAAAUAAUAGGAAUACGAUGAUUAGACUGCUUAAAAAACUAGAAGAAUUGAUUAAGGGCAAGAGUAAGGGAAUGAGUAAGCGCAAGAGUGGAGAAACGAGCUUGCCUUCCUCCACAUCAUCACUCAUGGAUGUCAAUUUGAAACCUUCAUAUAAAAAAAUGAACUUGGAUCUCUUAUCUGAGGGUUUUAACAAGGGAGUUGCAAUCAUAGGAAAAAUUCUGUACUCAGUGAAGAGCGAGAAAAAGUUCCCUUUAUGCUAUGCAAUCUUUGAUUCUGAUGAGAAGCGUUUCAUAGUUACACUGCAUGGGAUAUGA